AUGGAUCAGCCUAUAUCCCUCACUGCUCUGAUCUCUCAGCUCCAAGACCUCGUGUCCAAGAUCCCCAACGUGCCCUCAACAGUCCCUCCUCAACCAGGCUCGGACGGUGCAACUGCAGUCCAACGACCGCUUCUCUCACGUUCCAUUCCGCCUUUACCUCUGACCUCCAGCGCCCUACCAUCUGCCGGCUCCCCUCUCCCAGCUCUUCUCACAUAUCUCUCAACGCACAUCCUUCCUCAUCUGAAUGCAUCCGCCCUGUCCCCAAACUACUACGGCUUCGUCAUUGGCGGCACUACACCCGCCGCCCUCAUCUCCGACUUCCUCGUCGCGCUCUACGACCAGAAUGUCUCCGUUCACCUCCCCUCCGAAUCCAUCUCCACGGCCGUCGAAGUUGCCGCGCUGAACCAACUCCUCUCGCUCUUCCAUCUCGACGCUUCCACCUGGGGUAUCGGCCCCAACCUCCCCGGCGGCGGCACCUUUACCACGGGCGCCACAGCCAGCACCGUCCUGGGUCUCGCACUCGGCCGUGAAUUCACCCUCGCCACGGCCGGUCGACGUUUCAGCGCACACCCCCCAGUGUCCGUCGCAGAAGAAGGCCUCCUGUCCGCUGCCUCGCGCGCCGGCGUGCACGAGAUCCGCAUCCUCUCCGCCCUCCCGCACAGCAGCGUCCUCAAAGCCGCCGCAAUCCUAGGUCUGGGCCGCAGCAGCUUCAUCGACAUCUCCCGCCCCACCUCCGGCGGCCUAGAACUCGACCUCACCAAACUCGAAACCGAAGCAUCCGCGCCCCACCGCGCCUGCAUCCUCGUCGUCGGCGCCGGUGAGGUCAACAGCGGCCGCUUCGCCACCCGCGGCGGCCUCGCGCAGUGGCAACACCUGCGCCAGAUUUGCGACCGCCUCGGCGUCUGGGUGCACGUCGACGGCGCGUUCGGCCUGUUCGCGCGCCUGCUGGCCGAUCAAGGCUCCGACUACGACACCCUGGUCGCCGGCGCCGACGGCCUACAGCUCGCGGACAGCAUCACGGGCGACGGCCACAAGAUGCUCAAUGUUCCUUACGACUGCGGCUUCUUCUUCACGCGCCACAAGCGCCUUAGCGAGCAGGUCUGUCUCAAUCGCGCGGCGUACCUGAAAGACGGGGGAAGCGGCGGCGACGGCGGGGGCGACGGCGUGCAGACGCCGUUGAAUGUGGGGCUGGAGAACAGUCGACGCUUUCGCGCGUUGCCCGUGCAUGCCACGCUGGUGGCGUAUGGGCGUGAGGGAUACGUGAAUAUGGUGAAGAGGCAGGUUGGGCUCGCGAGGCGGGUUGUCAGGUGGUUGUGGGAUCAGGAUGGAUAUGAAGUCCUGCCUCGAGGACGGGGCGAGGGGGGCGUGGAGGAGGCGGUACGGGAGACGUUCAUGAUCGUGCUGUUUCGGGCUCGCGAUGACGUGGUCAACGACGGGUUGGUGGACAGGGUCAAAGGAGACGGCCGGAUCUAUGUCUCGGGCACGGUAUGGGAGGGUAAAAAGGCGGCGCGGAUCGCCGUUAGCAGCUGGAUGGUGGAUGUGGAGAGGGACGGCAGGCUGAUCGAGGAGGCACUGAGCGAUGCGUUGAAUAUGUGA